UUUACAACGUAAACGUAAUAUUGUGAAAUGAAGGAAGGAGCUGUAAAAUAUACUGUAAAAAUCUUCAUAAAUAUUUAUAUGAUUACACCGUGCACAUACGUUUUUCCAAUCAGUAAUUGACAAUGCUUUAAAUAUAGUUUCUAUUCGUGUGUUUUUAGUAGUUUGGGAACUUUGUGAGCGGUGAAUACCGUUACUCUUUAUUUAUGAAUGUGGGAAUCUUCAACAGAGUUAACAACAAGAACAGCGAUUGCGACGGCAUGUAUUCGGAGUGGAGUUCACUGCCAUUGGAGGGAGGGGGGCGCGGCGUGCUAGGGGUGGUGGGGGGCAGGGAUGUCGUGCUGGCAGUGGUGAGGCAACUCGCCUCUCAUGAACCUAGUCCACUGAACACAGACGCUGAGGUGGAGUGGGUUCUAGAAGUCAUCCGGUAUGGGCUGUCGCUCCCUCUUCAUGAACAUGAGGCGCUACGCGACUGUGUCCGCGUGUGUUGCUCGUGGCUAUCCCCGCUGCUUCCCCCCACGCCGCCCGCGCAGCCGCCGCCCCCGGCCGUGCCACCACCUGUUGCAGCUGCGCCCGCUAGAUAUGCCAGGAAAAUACUCAAACAUCUACAUAACUUAUUUGUUCCUAGGCCCAAUGAAACACUGACAUUCAUAUAUCAGCUGGAAUUGGGUGGCGACCUCAUAAGCAAACAAGCAGUGCUAUGCCACCGCGUGUUGCGGCUCGCUCGUAAUCUCGCUGGUAAUGCGAACCUUGGCGCCAGCGAAUGGAGAUCGUUAUUACUGUUGCUUUUAUCUGCUGCGUCUGCACUGUUAUCGCCUCCAGCGCCGCACCAUUCCGCUGCGGAACAACUGUGCGAGCGAGUGCUGUGUGUGCUGUUUGAAGUCUGGAUACUGGCUUGUCAUAGGUGCUUCCCGUCGCCGCCUCUUUGGCGUACAUUACGUGAGCAGUGCAUAAGAUGGCGCCACCGUGCCCCUCUCACUGAGCAAUGGACUCGCGCUUCACUUUGUCUAACUGCAAGGCUUUUAAAGCAUAUGUAUGGCCCGCUGUUCCCUGCCAUGCCUAUCAGUGAGGAAGAUGCUAACCUAAUACCAGCGGAUAUGAGUGCGGAAGCCGUGAUGCAGAGCUGGUACAGAAUAUUGCACACCAUCGGGAACCCUGUAGACCUGUGUCGACCGCAUGUUAUCAGCCAAACACCCGACUUUCUACAGUAUUCAAUAACCCAAGAGGAUGGGGCUCGCGAUCCGAGUCAGCACCCUUGCCUGCAAGCUUUGCCUUCCAUCUUCCACAAGGCUAUGAAAGGCAUAGCUGCCCAUGUAGAUGCCUUCCUUGGGCGCGGGGCGGAGCGCUGGUGGGUGGCGGGCGUCGAGGCCGUGCCCGACGACGGCGACGUGACCCCGCCCGCACACCGCCGCCUCGCCAAGUCCUUCAGCGUGUCCGCCAGCAAGCCGAGAGACAAGCAGCCCGAGAGAAGUACGCCGAGGACUUCUCUUAUCGGUCUGACUAGCAGCCGCCCCGCUAGCGUCGCGCCUACUACACCGCCUAACUCUAUUACUUCACAAGUUGGAGAAGUUGAAAAACCGCCAUUGACGCCGUUGCGUCCAAAAGUGAACUCUAUCUUCCAUCUAUUCGGGGAAUGGCUGUUUGAAGCAGCCCUAAUCGGGACCUCACCGCCUUAUAACAACCAACCUCGUUCUGAAACUACCCCGCCACCGCCUUCUUUGUCUGAUUCACAAUACAAAUUGAAUAUGCUGAGCUACCAGCCAGGUCGUGCGGAAGCGUUAGGUACUCUGUGCCGCGUAUUGUGUUCUAAGCAAUGUCGGGAGGAAGUCCUAGCUCCGUAUUUGGCUAGGUGCUACGCCGCCAUACACCGCGGUUUGAGGGACCCCGCCACAGCGGCCGCUGUCGUAUUGAAUGCGGCUGACAUAUUCAGGCUGGACCUCGACGGAGUAUUGGUCUUAGUACCGGACUUUAUAACGGCUUUAGAUCGCAUUCUAUCCGAAAGAGAACCAAAGCUGGACUGUGGUUCUAUAGACAAGCGAGAACUUCGCAAGGCAGCCAUCAGCGCUCUAUUGUCUCUGGUCGCUUUCCCACAUCAUUACAAAGGAUUGGCUGUUCCAGAAUUUCCGGGGUGUAAUGAGUACGCCGGAAUGACUUUAGGCGACUUCGCAAGAGGCAGAAUAUCGCUAAUUUGUGUAUCAGCCGUACAAGUUGAAUGCACUGAUGCAUUAGCUGUCCCAUUACUGAGUGCAUUAUACUUGUGCGUACGACAUAAUGCCCAUGUCAGUACAGGGAAGGCACAUAGUGCGCCGCCUGGCUCUACCCUGUCCCAUAGCACGGAUUAUAAAGCGCGUUCGGAUAGCGGCAGCGCGACCGGCAGCACGGAUCACUCGUCGCUCGAAGACUUUGCUGCUGACGUUAGGGAGCUAGACCCUUCAUCGCCUGUAUUCGGUGCUGCCUUGGUAGUCCGUGCUACAUACCUCGUUUGUCAUCGAUUAAUAUCCUCGUGGAAAGGUGACUUACAAGUUUCCCUGGCUGCCCUGGAACUCUUAUCUGGUCUUGCCAAGCUUCAUUCUGCUAAACCAGAGGCAAUAGAACGGAAGCGUGCAGUACGUUGGAUAUGCGACUAUAUCACAGUGCAGUGCAGUCGACCACCGCAAGCGCACUCUAGAGAUCUCCACUCGUGUGUAGUCGCUGCGUACUCUUGCCUAACCUCGUGGCUUUGUCCGGCGUUACUGGCAGAUCCUGACUGUCUAGCUACUUUGAUGGAGGUAGUUGAACUGGGAAUAUCUGGAAGCAAAAGUCAAGGCAAACCUGGUGAACCACCAAAGAUGAAAGAUGAAAAAGAAUUGAAACCCGUAUCGAUGAGGGUUCGUGAUGCCGCCGAAUCUUUGCUGAUGCUAAUUUUGGAACAGGUUGGUAACAGCACCACUGGAGGUGCAUGGUGUCGUCUGGACGAGCGUUGGCUUUCAGCGCUAGGACACGGAAGACUCAGACAUUACAUCGCAGAUGGAAAUAUUCUGCUCUCCUUGCUUGAAGAACCCCUUGCCAACAGUCAGGAGCCGCAACCUACUCUCAUCGUAAUAAUCCGGUGCGGCUGGGGUCGUUACGCGUGGUCGCUGAGCAGCCGCGGCGCGGCGCGGUGUGCGGGACGCGGCGGCGGUGCGGCGUGUGCGCGGCCCAUUGACAUGCUGGAGCCGCCACCACGCCCGCAACCUACCUGUGUGCCGCUGCCGCAGGCACCGCCUUGCGCUGUAGACUCCGCAUUUCCGAGCUUGGAAGCAGUGUUGAGACAGUUGAAUGAUCCAGAAGCACCGACACUGUUCAAACUGUUGGAACAACAAGCUGCUAUUGAGAAGAAAGUCAGAGAGAGUGAGGAUAAUGUGGUGCCUGAGGAAUACGUGCCGCCCGAACCAGUGACUGAAUUCCAAACUGCGAGGUUGUUCCUGUCACAUUUUGGAUACCUGAAUAUUGGAGGGGAUAAGAAGGGCGGCCCACCGCGUCUGGUCGCACUAGACGACUCUCUGCCGGGCUUCUCAUCAGCGCUGCGUCGCAUCGACGCGUGCGGCAGUCGUUGCGCGGUCACUGCGCACGUGUUCUGCGUGCGCGCAGGACAGACCACCGCGGCAGAGAUAGUCGCCAACGCGGGCAGUUGCGACACCGUACCGCCUGGGUUUAUUCGCAUGUUGAGAGGUCUGGGCUCACCAGUCCGAGUCCGCAGUCACCCGGGAUGGACAGGACACAUAGAUACCAGCUACGAUGCGCUACCAGAUUACCACCACUCCGGUCCCCUACCAUCCGUUAUCGAAGAAAAGGCGCCUGCCUUGUACAAUGGAAAGGAACAGGUGCUGUAUUGGUCUGAUUCGACGAAUGAGAUAGCAUUCGUGGUGCCCUCAGGCUUGGAUACUUCGGAGAGCGACGACCGGCUGAAUGAUAGCAUCAAAUCAGACGUCGACGGAUCUGUACUCUCCGUUAGGGGUUCAGACAAAGCAGCCGGCUCAUGCUGGGACGUGUCGAGCAACAGUUCUGGAGCGCCGUCAUACGAGCGCAGCAUCAGCGAAUCAGACAAGGGAGAACGCGGCAGGGCAAGUCUCAACGAGAAAGUGCGCGCGUUGUCGCUCGAGCUUGAUAAACAGCCUACUACUGGACUUACAGGAAGCGGCCGACGCAACAGAGAUUUUACAACAAAAAUCCUAAUCAUAUGGCUUGAAGACUUCGAAGAUCAUCUUAACUUACCAAUUGACGAUCUACUCCGUUACUGCGAGACCGGUCUACCGUGGCGUCGUCACGAGGUGACCACAUUAUGCGUGAGCGCGCGUCGCAGUGGCCUAUUGCGACUCCGUAUUGCUCCCGCCACCGCCGCGGGAGUGAUAGCUGACGGUGCACAGAUAUCGCCGCAACUCAUGCCCGCGUGCCUCCGCCGAGCCGCUCUUGACAUAGCGCGCCGCAGUCGGCUUAAUACUGAUCUGUACCAGCCCCCUCACGUCCGAAGGCGCCAUCUAAUACAGGAACUGCAACAACAGUACAAGAAGGACCUCUCUGAACCAGAACUACUGGAAUCAUUGUUCCGUACACCUUCGUAAAUAAUAUGAAGAAUAUUCUUUAUAAAACGGCAAGGCACCGUGGUGGAGUAUACUGCAUUCCUCCGGUUGAUUGAGGGGAGGCCUGUGCCCAGCAGUGGAUUGUUUGUAGGUUUUUUAUGAGAAAAAACUGAGAUUUUGAAAUCCAAUACUGUAAUAAAUCAAUAUUUCUUCUAUUAGAAAUUAGAUUGUUAGAUUGUAAAUUUUCAUAACGCUUUAUCUCGAAACAAUGUUUUUUUAGUUGUUGUGUAUAUCUUUUUAAUCCGGCAAGGCACAGUUCUUAAACGUUUUGGUUCGUACAGUCGUACACCUGAUAGACAGAUUGGCAGCUGAAAAGCAGACCAAUCGUGUGACCGAAAGUUGUUUGUUAUUUUUUUAUUUAUCGCAUAUGGAGAAGACUAGUGUCCUUACAGCCUAGUCUGUUGCAUUUAUAGUCUAUGAAGGUCUUUGGAUGUUCUAAAUUAUAUUCCUCGUAAUGCUUAACUUCGAUUAUAUUAUUUCCAGGCCUGGUGUAAAAUCACGUAUUAUAUUAGGGCUCGAAUAUUUUUAUUAACACAUUAAUAA